GCCCUCGACUCCUUCGAUCCCUUCCCAGUGCAGCCUGCGUCCGGCCCCUCGGCCAGGAAGAGCUCCUCGGACUCCCUGGCAGAGCUGGACCCCUUCAGCUCCCAGACCGUGACCCCAGCCAUCAGCAAAAACAGCUCUGAAGAGCCCCGGUCCCUCUGGGACGAGUGGGAGACCCCAGAAAAGACACAGGAUGUCGUCAAGAGCACUAUCAGCAGAUCCACUGACCCGAAGACAGAGGCUGACCGUCCCUUUGAUGUGGAUUUCUUUUCUUCUUCCGACACCAAGACCAGCUCUGCAGACACCCAGUCCCCCUGGCACAUGUGGGAGACACCAGAAGGGACCCAGACUGUCACCAAUGUCACUGAGAACAGUGAAGACAGCGAGGCGGAUGAGACCCUGGAUGAGCUGGCAGAUGAUGUGAUUCCCAUCGAUACCACUACACGGAGCCUCAGUACGUACCGAUCCUACAGCUUUGCAGAUGAGACCCACAAGAAGGAGCCUCUGAGCACCCACAGCAGAACUGAGGACCCCUCUCAGGAAUCCCAGCCAGACAUUGUCAUCUUCAAGAAAACCUCCUCAGAGGAUGACUCUCCCUGGGACAGGUGGAUGUCUCCUGUCAUUUCUGACAGGGGAACGACCACCAACAGAAGCCAGGACACUGAGACCAAGACUCUCACCACUGUCACUGAGAUCAGAGAGACAGGACCUCGCAGCUCCUCGCAGAGCCUCAUGGAGAGCACUGUGCCCCAGAGCAGUUUUGACCCGUAUUCCAGGACUCUGGAGACCUCCUACACCCGCUCCGAUUCCCCGGAGAGUACAGAAUCCAAGAAGGGUUACGUGUAUGUGAAGGAGUAUGUCAACACCACAGAGAUGUCCAAACUCAACUCUGGAAUCGGUGACUAUAGAAGAAGCUUCACUGAUGAUAUCACCCCCAGCUCAGUCAGCUACGCCUACAGCAGCCCAACAUCCACCUACCGCAGCGUCACGAUGACCCCAUGCACGUACUGUGGAGAGCUGGUGGGAGAGGAUGCCAAGAUCACCGUCGAGCACCUCAAUAUCUCCUGCCACCCCCGCUGCUUCAAGUGUGGAGUCUGCAGCAAGCCGAUGGGAGACCUGCUGGGGAGCAUGUUUCUGCAUGGGGGAUUGGUGCACUGCAGCAGCUGCUACGAAAAUGUGAUCUAGAUGUGAAAGACCGGAUUGCAUCAGGACGGACAAUUUGCAUCUUUUUGUUUGUUUGUGUUUUUUACAAUCUUUCUACUUUGACUAUAAUGUCUUGUUCGUAUUGGGAAAUCGCAAGUGUGUACUUUUAAAAAACGUUUAGGAACAGACGGCAUUCAAAACGAUUUACUUCGUGUAUAAGCGAUGCAAGAAUCUUGAGCUGCUGCUUGCUGCCUUAUCCCAAGAACAACUCAGAGUCUGACUGGUGAUCUUAGGCGCUGUGCCCCAUUGUCCUUAAAGCUCUUUGGAUAAGAGUCAUUUUUAACAAUGUUUUGGAUUUCUUGUCAAUUUAGUCUUUAUUAUGCACGAUGCCCUUCUAUGCUAAACAGUUGUUAAUGUCCACUAACUGUAUGGACCUUGGCUUUAGUUCCCCUGUGAAUAGCUCAUUUGUACCUAAAACUAACAUUAGCACAGAUUUCUCACUGGGGCUCCCAGGACUUUGGGGGUCUGGGGUGUAUAUCCCGCAGCACAUGUGUAGUACAGGAAAUAAGCACCCCCAGAACAGCAGACUUGGUACAUUUUUCCUGCAUUAGUCCCAUGUCUUUCCUACAAAAAAAUAAAUCUUUCGGCCUGCAAAAUCAUCUGCAUCAGACCUUGCACGACGCACAAGGCAUAGCUAGCAGAUACAGGUUUGUUAGUUUUCUUCUCUUUUUCAUCUUUGAUGCACUAAUAUCCGCUUGUGAAAGGCACUCAUAUGAGCAUUGCAGAGUUGUACAAGCAAUAUUAUCAGUGCAAUGUUGCCUGUAAAACACUAACAGGUAGAAGUCUGCUAUGACAUGAGUAAUGUUCUGCUUUUUGGAUGGUUCACAUCAUGAACGACCCUUAAAACUUGCUUUUGUUUUCCUGCCUAAAACUGUUAAGACUCUGCUAAUUCUGAAACAAAGCAAGCUGCUUGUCACUUCACAUCAGCUUGCUCAAUUCCUCAAGCAGAGUUUCCAGGAGAAUGUGAUCGCUAACCUCUGAGCCCAAGUAACUUGCAUUUCAGUCCUGCAGUUUAUGGAUAUAAGUGCCUAGGGUUUUUGUUAUUAAGUUACUGAACAGUAUUCUUUGCAACAGAACAGAGAAGUAAGUCAUGUGUAGUAAUCGUGAUAUUUUAAGUAAUUGUGUUUAAUAAUGCUACAAAACAUUUAUAUUCAAGAGCUGAUCCUCUAUUCAUGAAUAAGUUAUACUGGGGUCUAGGGAAGGCACAAUGAGUACUAAUUGCAUCUUAAAGGGAGGCAUGCUGUCAGAAAAUAAACAGGGGACUUUAGUGGUGAGCUAUACAGGAGCUGAGUGCUGCACUCUGGGGAGAGGAGGGUUCUAGUACUGCAGUGCUGCAGUGUAGCAGCUCUGCAGCUGCCUGACCCCCUCUUAUUCAGUUGUAUCCACUGUGUGUCUUAAAUAAGGAUUGGGGGUGUGUAUUAAUAAACUGUGUUCAACAAUC